AUGAAACCGGAUGACGAGGCGGGCAUGAACAGGGUUCUGGAUACCCUACAAAUCCCGCGUGGUAUCACCAGAAACACAACUUCUUCUGGGGAUGACCAGAAGCUGGCCUCCCAUACGAAGGCACCCGUCGUUCUGGACCCAUCUGCGGCCCAGAGCUCGUCAAUCACAUCUCCAGAUGGCCAGUCCCAGCCCACCGUUGAAACCGCCACAAGUGAUGCCGUGCCUGCGCAAGGCAUCAUGCCCAGUCAGCAACUGUCAUCCGUGGAGCCUUGGAGCCCGUUUGGGGUGGUGCGAGGGGCGCCAGAUAAUCAAAGUUUUGUUCACUGGGGCUUCACGCUGCCGACGGCUGAGAGCCUGGACUCGAUCUAUGCCAAUAUCAACGGAGGGCCGGGGUUGCCAGUCAGCACGGGGCUGAGCCCAGACAAUUUCCAGCUUGGCAUGGACUUGGCCCAACAGCCCGGUGUGCUGCUGAGCCAGGUGCCGCACGAUCGAGACCAUGAAUCGGACAGCGGUGAAGAAAACGAGGCAGAAAGUGCCGUGAUUGAGCAACUGUCUCAUCGCAUCGGCACGCUGAAAAUUGCCGGAGAUGGUCAUUUACGAUUUUACGGAGCUACAUCUAACCUAAAUUUGGUCGAUGUGUCGGCGACCCAGCAGCGGCAGCGACCCGAUGCGCGCACCGUGCGUCACGAUGGCCAGGAUAUCCUCAACCACCUCCGCGUGGGUCAGCCGGUUGAUCAGGCUCUGGAAGAUCACCUCGUUGAGCUCUACUUUACAUGGCAGAAUCCGAGCAUCUAUGUUGUCGACAAGGAGAUGUACAUGACCGCUCGAUCAAAAUGGCGGAACGAAUACGACGACACCCCUUUCUAUUCGGAGGUCCUCACAAACGCCAUGUGCGCGAUUGGCAGUGCCUUUGAAGCACGGUAUCAUCCGACAUUCAUCACGUUUCCAAAGUCUCUAGCCGAAUUCUUCGCCGACAGAGCCAAGGCUUUGUUAGAGAUUGAACUCGAUACGCCUUGUGUCGCGACUGUCCAGGCCCUGGUUCUUAUGAGCUGCCAUGAAGGAGCAUCUAAUCGUGAUGCCCGAGGCUGGUUAUAUAGUGGCAUGUCGAUGCGACUUGCCUUCGAUCUGGGAUUGCACCUAGACAUGACGUCUUAUGUUAACCAAGGCGACAUGAGUCCCCACGAAGCAGAUGUUCGGCGGGCAGCGUUUUGGGGAAGCUAUGUUGCCGAUCAUUUCUGGGGAUUUUAUCUGGGACGUCCGUUCCGGAUGAAUGCUGGAGAUGUCAGUGUGCCCAAACCUGCAUCCACCCUUAGUGCGGAAAAAGAAGGGGUCUGGCACCCGUACGGGCUUCAAUCCACCUCCAAGGUCCUGGAGGAAGGAGUGAAGAUCCCCACCGAGCUAAUCAGCCGGCAGUUUGUUAUUUUAUGGGAGAUGGUCUCUCCCGUUGGACAUAUCUUGUACGGCUGCUCGGACAUCUCUCGACAUGACCUGCAAAGACUAUGCUUCCAGGUAACCGAGGAUCUAUUCGCCUGGAAAGCUAAUUUACCUUCAACGCUCGAGAUCGACCUAAACGACGACUCCACACCAAAGCUCCCGCACCUCCUCAUCCUUCACAUGCAAUAUCACCAAAUAAUCAUCUUCUUCCACCGCCCCUGGGUCUCCAAGAGCUACAUCCAGCCGCGCAGCCCACGGCAAGGACCAGGCUACCACCAUGCGCGCCGCAUGUGCGUGGAUUCCGCUACUGCUGUGGCCCGUCUUCUGCACAUAUAUGAGAAGCAUUAUACCUUCCGGCGUAUGAACAAUCAGGUUGUGGCAAUUAUCUUCAGCGCCGCCCUGAUGCUGCUCUUCGUCACGGUCACCAGCUCCCCACUCAUGCCGUCCAAACCCGGCGAAACGAGCACGGCACACCCGCGUAAUGCAGAGAUGGUCGCGUAUCUAAAUCUCUGCUUCCGCGCACUCGAUGAGCUAGGCCAGUCGUUUGAGAAUGCGAAGCGCACGCGCGAUUACCUCGUUACUCUCCAGCGGCGCUGGCAGGCACAUAUGCGGCGCACGGGGCCGGCUGCAAAGCGGCAGAAUAGUAGCGCGAAUCUGCUGUCGAUGUCGUCGCAGCACCUAUCAUCCGUACAAACACCACGCAACGGACAUGGAUCCGAUGCAUCACGCAAGAAAUCUCGUCUCGUGGAUGAGAGUGCACACGUACGCACACGACACAACCCCUCCAGCUCCAUUGCAGCCAACCAACCCUACCUUUCUUCCCAGCAACCCUCCUCUCAUCAGCAACAGUCAUUUCCACAACACCCCUCCCCUGCACCACCAGCGCAAUCGGGCGAGCUCGAGUGGAUUCGCAGCACAGACCUGAACCUCCUCCCUGCAAGCCAUGUAAAUGGGAACCUGAGCCAUCCCAUGGGCGCGAUCCCGCCACCCCAGUUCCCCGGUGACCCGGGCAUGCUUGCAGAUCUGGGCGAUAUCGAGGGUUGGUGGAGUCCGCCCAAUCAGAAUUCGGGGAUGUGA